GCUGGCUGGCUCAGUGUGGCUCGCGGCCCCGUGGAGGACGGAAGUGAGCGUACGCAGCGCGCGGAGACGAGCCCAGCGAGGUGUGCUCGUGGCUCGACGCAGCGCGACCAAACGCGACAUUCCCGCGCAGAGAUUUUCCUCCCGGGAUAUUAUUGAUAUUCUUUUGAUUUAUAAUAGUAUUUCUUUGGUCUGAGGUGUUGUGUUUUUGCUUUGUUAUAUAAUUUUUGGAAAAAGGUGUUUUGUGUGUGAAUCUUUUCGAGUAGCCAGAGGAAAGCGAAACUUCAAAUAACAGCAAAGCAACUUAUUCGCAAUACGAAGAUGCGAUUCGCAGUGCUACUCUUGUGUGUGCUGGUGUUGUCGGCGGAGGCACAGAGGCUCCGCCGGCCGCGUCGUCAGCACUCACGGCGGCAGGCGGAACAUCGGCGGCGCUCCGCCAUGCCCAGGCCUCCAGGACUGAGAAGUACCAUCCCCGAGCUCCCUGUGGCGUGCCCCGAGCGCCUGAGCCUGGAGGAGCGGGAGGACAGGGCCAACCUCAUCUUCACGGGGCGCAUCGAGUGGCUUCCGGGGGGCAGGAACCGCGUGACCCGGCACAUCGUCGGCGGGGAGGGCGUGGCGGGCGGCGUGCGGGUGAAGCGGGUGCUCAAGGGGCGCCGCGAAGUGGCCGGCCGCCUCGUGGAAGUGCUGGGUCUCGGGGGCGACGAGGUGUGCAACUCGCACGCCCGCGUCAGGGACACCAAGAUCUUCCUCACGUACCUCGACGACACCAACCGCGUGCACCUCAACUCCUCGCUCAUCCGACUCACGCUCAGGAACCUCAGGAAGAUCACCAAGGCCGUGCAAGAUGUUCCCUACGAACCUCGGCCGCCCAUCCAGGAAGUGCGCAACCCGUGCCAGGGGCGGAAGUGCCACCACGGGGCCGUCUGCGUGGUCGAAGGAGGGACGCCCCAGUGCCAGUGCCCGGCGGAGUGCCACAUGUACAACGGGGCGGCGGCGGCGAGUUCGAGGCCUGUGUGCGGCUCCGACGGCAAGGACUACCCGAAUGCCUGCCAGUUGCACAAGCACGCCUGCAACACGCAGAGGCACCUCGAAGUCAAGUACCUGGGCAAGUGUGACCCCUGCUCUGACGUGACGUGCCCCGAGCGACAGAUCUGCCAGCUGGACCGCGAGAGGAAGCCCAGCUGCCGUUGCAACGACGUGUGCACCAAGGACUACGACCCCGUCUGCGCCUCCGACGGGAAGACGUACACGAACGACUGUGCAAUGAAGGUGGAAUCGUGCAGAUCCAGGAAAUCUCUCUCCAUCAUCUACCGCGGCUCCUGUGAUGUCGGUCUGAACCCAUGUGACACCGUGUCAUGCCUCCCCGGCGAGGAGUGCAACAUCAACGUCCUCGGCAACGCCCGCUGCGAGUGCCCACCGGCGUGCCAGCUGGUCGUGCGCCCCGUGUGUGGCACCGACGGAGAGACCUACGACAACAUGUGUGAGCUGCAGAGGGCGGUGUGCGUGCAGCAGUCGGACAUUGCGGUCGCUUACAUGGGCGUGUGCGGAGAGGAAGGCCCUUGCGCCGGCCACGUGUGCGACCACGGCGGCGUCUGCGUGGAGCGGCAGGGGCGGCCCGUGUGCGAGUGCCCACAGUGCCCGGCCCGCCUGGACUUCGUCUGCGGCUCCGACGGGAUCUCCUACGAUAACGAGUGCCGCUUGCGGGCCGAGGCGUGCCGGAUACACCGCAACCUCACCGUCAGAUACCGGGGCCGAUGCAGCGGCUGUGAGGACAAACAGUGCGAUUUCUAUGAGGUUUGUGAGGCUGACCAGGAAGGAGUCGGCCGCUGCGUGUGUCCCGAAGGAUGUGAUAUGGUCGAGAGCAAAGUGUGUGGCACUGACGGCAUCACGUAUCUGAACGAGUGCCUCCUGAAGGUGGCCUCCUGCCGCAAGAAGCAGUUUGUGAUGGUCGCCUCCAAGGGUGACUGCGACUUAUGCCAACACGUGGUGUGCAAGUUCGGCGGGCGGUGCGAGGCGGGGCACUGCGUGUGCCCGACCGACUGCCCUCCGACCCGCGAGCCCGUGUGCGCUUCUGACGGCGAGACGUACGAGAACGAGUGCGAGAUGCAGAAGGCGGCGUGCGGGGUCGAGGGCGGCCUGAGAGUCACCUUCGUCGGGGAGUGCUCGGAAGCGCGCACCUCCAACUUCGAACUGACGCCCUGCAAUGGAGAGCCGCCCUUGGUCAACCCCGCGACCGGACGGGACUUCUACUGCGGGAAAGGGCCGGACACCGAGACAUGUCCUGAUGGGUACUACUGCCACUGGACGCUCUCCUUCGCGAAGUGCUGUCCGCUUGACCAAGAGGAGAACGUGACUCUGGCGGGGCCCUCGUGUCGCCAGUCCUCCUACGGCUGCUGUCCUGACGGGAAGUCCGCCGCCCUGGGACCCAACUACGGCGGGUGUCCUUCCAUCUGCCAGUGCCAUAAGCUGGGCGCCUACGACGAGGUGUGUGACCCCGUGACCAACCAGUGCCGGUGCAAGCCGGGCGUCGGGGGCACCAAGUGCGACCGCUGCGAGCCCGGGUUCUGGGGCCUUCCGAGGAUCCAGCGCGGGAGCAAAGGGUGCCUGCCCUGCGGAUGCUCGCUGUUCGGGUCGGUGCGCGACGACUGCGAGCAGAUGACGGGGCAGUGCGUGUGCAAGCCGGGCAUUCGGGGCAAGAAGUGCAACGAGUGCCCCGAGGGACUGGUGCUGGGCCCCAAGGGAUGCCGGGCCAGUGACGUCACCACGCCCCCGCCCCGGUCCUGCGCUGAGCUCGAGUGCUACUUCGGCGCCAGGUGCCAGGAGCACGAGGGCCACGCCGAGUGCAAGUGCGAUGCCCAGUGCCCCGAAGACACGUCCUCGUCCCCGCGGCCCGUGUGUGGCUCUGACAUGGAGACAUAUGCCAGCGAGUGCCACCUGCGCCUCUUCGCGUGCCACUACCAGAAGGACGUGGUAGUCGACGCCCUCGGCUCGUGUCCUCCUCCAGGCAACCAAUCCGACGGCGUGACGGAGUCGCCGCUGCGCCGGUCCACCGCGCCGCUGUCGACGGAGCCCCACCGCGAGGAGGCGGCGAAGGCCACGCGCCACCUGCUGCUGCCCGAGUACGUGAUCGGCGGCGCCCCCGGCUCCAGCACGCACAGCCUCUCCAACAGCAUCUUCAGCGUGCCGCCCACGCCCGUCACCAUCGCCGCCUUCGGCCUGCUGGGCUCGAUCUGUUACCGCGACAAGGACUGCUCGGUGCCCUACUCCCGCUGCAAGACGUCCAUUUGCACGUGCCGCAGCGGCUACACUCAGAGCGCCGACCGUCAGACGUGCGUGGUGACGACCCCGGGGCGAGAGGAGGUCGUCGGGGCGUGUGUCCGGAGGCCCUGCCAGAGGGGAGGCACCUGCCGGGAGCUCACCAAUGGAGGGUACAGCUGCCAGUGCCCCCCCAGGACCACGGGCCUCCAGUGCGAGAAGGAGCUUCCGCCGCCCUACGAGACGCCCUCCUUCAGCGGCUCCUCCUACCUGGAGGUCAAGAAGAUCAAGGCCUACAAUAAAGUGCAGCUGGAGCUCGAAUUCCGCACCUUCACGGACAGCGGCAUCCUCCUGUACAGCCAGCAGCAGCCCGACGGAUCCGGCGACUUCAUCUCCCUGGCGCUGGUCGACGGAUACGUGGAAUUCCGCUACAACCUGGGCUCGGGGCCGGCGGUCAUCAGGAGUCAUCACAGGGUGCAGAUGAAGCGCUUCCAUAGGGUGGUGGCCAAGAGGUACCAACGCGACGGCAUCCUGCAGCUGGACGACGCCGAGGACGCCAUCGGAAAGGCCCCGGGGACACUCAAGAGCCUGGACCUACGAGGCUCCACCUACGUAGGAUACGUCCCAACCAACGAAAGGAGAGUUUGGGAAAACGCGGGCACCUCUGAGGGCCUGGUCGGUUGCCUGCGCUCAGUCCGGAUAAACGGGCGUCCCCUUGACCUGGUGUGGCCCGGCUCCCCCCACGUGAUCCGCGCCGAACACGUGGGCGAGUGCUCCGCGUCGCCGUGCGCCAACCUGCCCUGCCUCAACCACGGCUCGUGUAGGCCUACUGACGACGGCCAUUUCAAGUGUCUCUGCGUUCAAGGAUUUAUCGGGGAGCGAUGCGAGGUCAAGCUGGACCCAUGCGAGAGCCAGCCGUGCCAAGCUGGGGCAACCUGUGUCACUCUCCCGACCAAGGAUUUCCUGUGCAAGUGCCCCCCUGGCAGGAGAGGAACGCUGUGUGACCAGAUGGACCGCACCCUCCGCGAGAUGGUGAUCCCCGACUUCGACGGCGACGCGUACCUGGAGCUGCCCACCCUGGAGAACGUGGGCAUGUCCUUCGCCCUCGAGAUCUGGUUCCUGACGCGCUCUCCCGACGGCGUCUUGCUGUACAACGGGCAGAUGGGCGGCGGAGGAGACUUCAUCGCACUCAACCUGCGCAACGGACACCUCGAGUUCUCCUACAACCUCGGCUCAGGACUCGCCACGCUCGUAUUCAGGCUGAAACCUCGCUGUCCUGUGACCUCUCUCGGCUGGACGCGGGUCAUGUCGGGUCAAUACAAUCAAUAUGAACCCUUUUCCCUUGUCUCUUGUGACUUCAUUUUGCUGUCAGAUCAGUCGAUUGGAUAUGCGAGCAGUGGAAACUUCCUGUCUCAGGGAACUAUAUCAAACAAGUACCGUGGUCCCCCCUGCCUGCACAACCCCUGCCAGAACGGCGGUGUGUGCCAGCCGUUCCUCAGCCGGUUCCUGUGCAAGUGUCCAGCCUCGUUCACCGGAAAAUUCUGCGAGAAGCGUUCUGACGAAAACCAGAUGAUGAAACCAGUCAAGUUUGACGGCAAAACUUUCCUGAAGUUCCCCAACAUGGUUUACAGAGUCAAAAGAGGCCAAACAACCAACCAGUUCGAGAUUCGUUUCCGCGCGACCAGUGGCGACGGUUUGCUCGUCUGGCUCAACAAGGGAACGACGCUCACCGGAGACUACCUGGCCAUCGCAAUCAACGGCGGUUUUAUCGAACUAUCUUACAACCUCGGCAAGCAGCAGACGCUCCACAUAGUUAGGUCUAAGGUGCGCGUGGACGACGGCCAGUGGCACACCCUGGUGGCGCACAGGAGGAAGCGGCUGGGCGUCCUCAGGGUGGACAACGAGCGACCGGUCAAGGGCGUCUCGGAGAAGGGCGCCACGACGCUCAACACCAACGGCAAAUUGUGGAUCGGUGGCUCCCCCAGAAUCCCGGACGGACUACCGCGGGCGUACUACCAAGGCUUCCGCGGCUGCAUCGACGCCGUGCAGGUGGAGAACCGCGACCUGAACCUGGUGACCCACGGCGACGCGCAGCUGGUCCGGUUCUGCGACGAGAUGCGGUGAGGUUCGUCGCUCCCCCCCCCCCUCCACCCCUCUCUGCGGCGGAUUCCUGGUGCUCUCCACGCGACUCCCAACAGCUGUGCAUCUCUCCUGUGCUGGAUAAUGUGUUUGAGGAAAAAAAAAAGAUGAAUGAAUAAGAAGGGAGGAACAAAAAAAAAACACGACCGGAUGCAGCAGCUUUGUCGAGUUGCGAUGCUAAAAAAAAAAAAUAGAACAAAACAUUAAAAAAAACAUAUUUAAGAGAAAGAAGAAAUUCUAUUUUGUAUAUGGGGAAAACGUUAUUCUGUUGUUCGAGGAAUGGUAGUGAUAAUAACAGUCAUUAUGACAGAAAAACAACAACUUUAUGGUGGCGAUCUUAAGCUGUAAGUGAUGGUGAAAGGUGCGUACAGAUUCCAUGUACAUUUCAGUGCUUUCUAGUGACUCCUUACUCUGCCUACAGGACGCGAGGUUCUGAACCACUUUGUAGGUUGUUGUGCUUGGUGAAGGAAAAUUUAUCAUCACCGUUCUUUUCAAGGAAGUUUUCAAAAGAACGAGACUUAAUGUCGACCAACCAUUAGACAAAUUAAACUAGGAAAAUACUCAUUCGUUAUCUUUCUUUUUUUUUAAUCGAAGGGGAAAUGUUAUUCAUAUACUUAUGAAUAAUCAGCUAAAUAUUAAAGAUCUGUCUGUGUUCUUUACUCCGUGUUCCAAAACGUGAUGGUAAAUC